AUGGCCAGGAAGCCGUUGUUAUUCCCGCGUCUUUCGCUUCUCUUUCUAAUAUGCUCGAGCUGUGCUUGGGUCGGUAAUGGGGUAGCAUACGAGCCGGUUCCGGUGGUGGUACCGGUUAAUGGGAAGGAGGCCGUCAUCGGAGGGGCGGGAGGGCCCGAGCCGGUAUGGAGGAGGAUACCGGGUGAGGUGGAGGGUCGGAGUGUCCCGCAUCCCCGGUCGCCGCCCGCCGAGCCGGCCCAUGUGGUCCGGGGCGGGUGCGAAGCCAUGAUCACGCCGCCCCCGUCACUUUUAGCACGGCAAGACCAGGGGCAGAUCCAAGCGCUCAGCAGCCAGCUGGAACAGGUCAGCAACCAGUUCCGAUCCGUCAGCCAGGCGAGCCAGCAAGUGAGCCAGUCCAGCCAGCAGCUUAGCCAGUCGCUGCAGCAGGCCACCCAACGGCUCAGCCAAACGGAGCAGCAGCUGGCGAGCGCCCGCCUACAGCAGGGCAACGCCGAAUCGGCUUCGCGGUCAAUGUCGCAGGCCUCGGCGGAGGCGUCGCGGCGGGGGGACGAGGCAAGGGCCAGUGCAGACCGUGCCAUCUCGCAGGCGAUUCAAUCAGCAUCGCAGAGCGCCAGUCGUGCAUUAUCCGAGAAUAUGGCGAGCCUGACCAGCUCCAUGGGCGCGAGCUUCUCGAGUGCUCUUCGGCUGGCUAGCCAGAGUGCAGCGGAUGCGUCAAGAUCGGCGGCGAGCGUGGCGCAAAAGGCACAAGCCGAUGCCACGGCUCUGCGGGACCAAGCCAAUACACAAAUCCAACAAGCCCAAGGCGCCGCGCUCUCCGUGACGCAAACGGCCUUGGCAGUAGUAGGCGGCAUCAUCGGCUCGUCGCUGCUCACAGGCAUAGUGUUCGUGCUCGUCCUCCGCAGAAAGCGCAACAACAAGCGCCGGCGCCUCGGUCGCGGGGGCGGCGAGAGUGGCAUCAACGGCAACAUCGGCUACCCCCAGCUGACCGGCACCUCCAACAAAGCAUACUCAAUCUCCUCCUCUAAAAAGGACUACUCCACCAGCGACGACGGCCGCAGCAGUACCUACAGCACCGACGACGCCGGCUUCCGCUUCCCCUCCGAUCUCAAGCAGCCAGCAGCAACCGCCACAUCAAUACCCAGAAAGGGCGUCGGCUACGCAGUCAGCUACUACGGCCCCCGCAAAUCCACCAUCAACACCACCACCACGACGCGAGACCCCCCGCCCAAAUUCCAACUCGGCAACCCACCCCCACCAAGAACCACAGCACAAACAGCAGCAGCAGCAGCCGCCGCCGCAGGGGGUGGUGGUAAAUUCAGCCUUUUUCCCAGCCCCAAAGCUACCAAUCCCACUAAUCCAACGGCGGCGGUGACAUCGGCAGGUGGGGUGGGGCAGAGGGCGUCGAGUGGGAGUGUGCCGACUUUGGAUCGGUGGUUGAGGGAUGGUACGGAUGUGAGUCCGUUUGGGACGUUGGGGAAGUGA